AUGAAGGCUUUCCUCUCUUCUCUCCUUAAACCAAAGCUCCUCCCUCACCAACACCACCAAUGUCGCGGCCUAAUCGCCAAGGUCCGCCUCAAAUGGGUCAAGAACCGCACCCUAGACCACGUCAUCGACACCGAGACCGAUCUCAAAGCCGCCUCUCUCCUCAAGGACGCCAUCAAGCGAUCCCCAACUGGGUUCCUCACCGCCAAGUCCUUCUCCGAUUGGCAGAAGCUUCUGGGCCUCACUGUCCCCGUCCUCCGCUUCAUGCGCAGGUACCCUACUGUGUUUCACGAGUUCCCACACCCACGUUAUGCCAACUUGCCCUGCUUUAAGUUAACCGACACCGCACUGUUGCUAGACUCACAAGAACACAACAUACACCAAACCCAUGAGGCUGACACUGUCGAGAGGCUUAGUAGAGUUCUUAUGAUGAUGAGGACGAAAAGUUUGCCUCUGCAAUCUUUGUACCCUUUGAAAUGGGACUUGGGUUUGCCUGAUGGGUUUGAGAGAGUGUUGGUUCCUAAGUACCCGGAUUGUUUUCGAUUUGUUAAAGGGUCGGAUGGUGUUACUAGGUUGAAGGUGGUACAUUGUCCUGAUGAGUAUGCUGUUUCGGCUUUGGAGAGGAGUAAGGAGGGUGGGGAUGUUGGGGAUGAGUAUAGGCAGUUUAAGAGGGGGCAGACUGUGUUGGCUUUCCCCAUGAGUUUUCCGAGGGGUUAUGGGGCGCAGAAGAAGGUGAGGGCUUGGAUGGAGGAGUUUCAGAAGUUGCCAUACAUUUCGCCGUAUGAGGAUUCUAAGCACAUUGAUCCUAAUAGUGAACUUAUGGAGAAAAGGGUUGUUGGAGUCUUGCAUGAGCUGUUGAGCUUGACUAUUCAUAAGAAGACCAAGAGGAACUAUCUGAGGAUCAUUAGAGAGGAGUUGAAUCUUCCGCAUAAGUUUACGAGGAUCUUCACUAGGUAUCCGGGGAUUUUCUACCUUUCCUUGAAGUGUAAGACGACCACGGUAGCGCUCAGGGAAGGCUACCAGCGGGGGAAGCUAGUGAACCCGCAUCCCCUCGCGCGUUUGAGAGAGAAAUUUUAUCAUGUAAUGAGAACGGGGCUUAUUUAUCGCGGUAAAGGUGUGUAUAUGUUGUCUCAGCAAGAUAUGUUGCUUGACACUGUAGUGACUGAAAGUGGUCAAGACGACUAUGAAGAGGACGAGGUUGGAACAGGUGAUGAAUGCGAAGAGGAUGAAGUAUCAGACUUGGAUUCAGAAGCAUCUGAUGAUGAUUGA